CUAGUAGAUUUCGACUUUGUUCUCUUCGUUGUUGGACGCCAUAGCGAACGCUUCGUUUCGCAGGGAAGUGGCGAGCGAGUGUUAUACUUUUUUUUUUCCACGAAGAAUUUUGCUGUUAACAAUUGCUGUUUUCCAUUCGAACGGACAAUGGCAGGAACUGAAUCGCCUAAUUUAAUAAAACCUGAACCGCAGAACACAUCUACGGAAAAUAGUAACGAAAAUGUACGGGAACGAAAUCCUCCCGGUGGCGGUAAUCGCGGUCCGCGUGGUCGAAAAGGAGGAACACGUUUUUCUGGUGGACGUGGCGGUGGAAUGGGCGGAGGAAACAGAAAUAACGAUGGACCGAUGAAAAUGAACGAUCCCAUUCAUGGAAGUAUGGAUGGAGGUAUGGACAGUGCAAUGAAUGAAGGAAUGGGUGGGGGUAUGGGAGGUGGUAUGGGUAUUGGACGCGGUGGUGGAAUGCGUGGUGGUAGAGGUGGUCGCGGAGGUAUUGAAAGAAACAUGGCAAACCGCUCACAAGAUGAUCGGUUGAUGGAGCGAAUUAUGGCUAUUAGCGGGCCUACGCACGAUCUACCACCUCAAGAAACCACAGAAAAGAAAUUCAGUGGUCGUAAUCGUUUAUAUAUCGGAAAUUUGACAAACGAUGUCACGGACGAAGAAAUUCAACAGAUGUUUCAACAAUACGGUGAAAUAUCCGAACUUUUUGUAAAUAAGGAAAAGAAUUUCGCAUUUCUUAGAAUGGAUUACAGGGUAAACGCCGAGAAAGCAAAACACGAAUUGGAUGGUACAAUGCGAAAAGGACGUGCGCUCAAAGUGCGUUUUGCUCCUUACUCACAAAUUAAAGUUAAGAAUCUUACACCUUGGGUGUCGAACGAAUUACUCGAGAGAGCAUUCAGCGUCUUUGGUGAAAUUGAACGUGCGAUAGUUAUUGUAGAUGAUAGAGGGAAGUCUACCGGAGAAGGAAUCGUAGAAUUUUGCAGAAAACCAUCAGCUCAACUUGCUCUACGAAAGUGUACGGAAGGAUGCUACUUCCUUACGGCGUCUUUACGUCCCGUAGUUGUUGAACCAUUUGAGCAACAAGAUGACAUUGAUGGUUAUCCAGAUAAAACCUUGCCUCGUAAAAAUCCAGAAUUCUUUAAAGCUCGUGAUAUCGGACCAAGGUUUGCGCAGAUAGGAAGUUUCGAACAUGAGUAUGGAACGAGGUGGAAACAGCUCCAUGAAUUGUACAAACAAAAAGAAGAAGCGUUAAAGAGAGAAAUGGCAAUGGAGGAAGAAAAAUUGGAAGCUCAAAUGGAGUUUGCACGAUAUGAACACGAGACUGAAUUGUUAAGGGAGCAAUUGCGCAUGCGUGAGGCCGAUCGCGAGAGGCAAAAAAGAGAAUGGGAAAUGAAAGAAAGACAGGCCGAGGAACAAAGAACGCGCGAAGAAGAAUUACGAAGGAGACAGCAAGAAGAAAUGGCAAUGCGUAUUAGAAGACAAGAAGAAGAGCUACAUAGGCGUCAACAGGAAAAUAAUUUGUUCAUGCAGGAACAAGCGAUGAGGGGCGGCGGAGGAGGUGGAAUGGGAGGAAAAAAUUAUGAUUCCGUCAGUAAUAGUGAUCGUGAUGGAUAUGGACAGCCUGAUGGUGGAAGCAGCAUGCCAGUGGAUCCAAAGUCUUUCAUGGAUGCUUAUAAUAGUAUGGAUCGUGGUAGCCGUGGGGGUUACAAUGACGAUCGUAGUCAAAUAAUGGAUUUGAUGGACAUGAGGGUCGAUAUGGGUAAUAUGGGUGGUGGUCGUGGAGGUAGUGGUGGCAGUGGACGUUGGCAAGGUGGAAAUGAUCGUAAUCGUCAGGAUGAUUAUCCUAACAAACGAAGACGUUAUUAAAAAUGUUGCCGUAACAUUGCAGCAUAUUCAAAUUGUAUACCGCCUUCCACAAUUGAGUAUUCUGCUCUUUUUUUUUUGUGCAGAAGUUGAACGUGUUGUUGCCAUUAUUAAAUUGGCUCGAUCGCACAGCUCUGCAUGCUGUAACAAUUCUCCUGCAAAUUUUCAAUAUUAUUUGUCGACAAUUUGUACACAACGGACUGCAGAUAACACGAUAUUGUGUUAACAAAAAAUACGAUGUAAUAUCUUUUAUAUUAAAAUAACUUUCUUUUUUUUUUUUUUAUCAAUUAAGAAUCGCUCGUUCGUUGUAUUCUUCAGUCAUUUUUUUUUUCAGCAAUUGAUUAUCGUCACAUUUAUACCGUAGCACAGUAUUUCGAGUACAUGGGCGUUCGAGAUAAUAAUCGUAUCAUACAAGAUUUUUUUCUUUUUAAUUACACGCUCCUUCGAAAUAAAAAAAAAAAAAAAAUUUAAAAUCGGAUUCAGGACAGACGCGUCGUUUGUUAUACUGCUAAUUUAAUUUUUUAGAUCCUACUACAUCUUUCCCGUGAAUUGACACUGUUCAGUUUUACGACCAGUAAAUUUUACAAAUUCUGAUUGCAGUUCUCUAAAAAUGUAUUCGAUCAGGUAUGACGUUUCCACAUGUGUCUUGUUUCCUUGUGUUUAGUCUUUAUAUAGCUUCUUCAGAUAUUCUUCUUUCUGAUGGGUUCCAUCGUGUAUGUAAUAAUAUCUAUUCCAUAGAUUAAUAAUUUAUAUAUUGGUGUAUCAUUCGUAAUUAGAUCAUUGUAGUGACAGACUUUUUCUUAUUUUUGUCCAUUGGUCGAAACACUGUGCAUUGACGUGAGAGUAUUGACAAGAAGAAAGAUAACCUUGAAAAGUAACAUGUAACGAUUGAGAGAGUGUGAUUUUAUAUCUUUCAAUGCGCAUCUGAUUUCAUGAUAUCGCGAAUUAUUUUACUGAUAAGAAAUUACUUUUACAGUUUUAAGGGAGUACCCCAUCUUGUAAGACUAAGUAAGUAAAUUAAUUUCCUCCUCAGGCUGAUUGCAAUGCAAAGUAUUAGAAUUUUCUUUAGAACAUGUUAGGAAACGUCACUUAAAGUCACAACGUUUAUCUAUUGGUACAUCUAACAAAAUACUUGGUAUCUAGCAUGAAAAGUGACUGAAAACGUAAAACAUCAGAGAAUUUUUGUCAAUUUGAGCAAGAACAAAUUAUCUGUAAUGUCGCUAAUGAUUCUUAAAUAACUUGAAAGAAUAGCUGUUCAUUUUAUCAUAUGAUUUUAUAAGAAUGAAUACCUAAAAAUUUAAAGUAUUGAAACAUGUCAAUUUUCAGUAGAUUAUAUUUAUUUUAGGCACUAUUAUGCAGUAUUUCGAGAAAAACGUGGCUGAAAGUCUAAGCCACGUUUCUUAAAGAUUUUUUAAGAUUUAUCCCUAGUUGGCAACUCAAAGUUCACAACGAGAUUUUAAACUUCAGAUUAGCAUCAAACUAAUCUCUCUCAGCUCGCCGAUUUGUUUCUGAACUACUCUUAGCGAUUACCGAGUUUCCUUGGAUUUUUUUACUCACGAGUCCCUGAAUCCCAAUGUAUCUCAAAUCAUCGCUCGUUUACUUCCUCACAAAAGUUGGUUAUUCGCAUUGCUUCCGAUUGUCAGAAUCAUAAAUUGCUUCAUUAAUAAUAUGGUUUUAUGCCCAUGUUGGAAUAUAAAACCAUUUUCCUACGAUAGAUCGUCGUCUUCGGGACAAAUUGUCCAACAUACAGAGAGAAUCCUACACUCAUUGUUUUGCGUGUAAAUCACACUCCACACAUCAGUUCAAAUAAUGUUUCAAAACAUAGUUUCCUAACAUCACUUCGAUAAACAACUGGUCGGAAAUCUCUCUUUGACAAAAUUCAUUCACCAGUUUUUUUGAAUUUUGAUAUUCGACAAGAUAUUAAGAAAAUUUCGAUUUUUCAAAGCCGACAAGAUGAGGAUACUCCCUUAUCACGUAUAAGAUAGCGAAUGCGUGUUGAAUAAAGGGACAAUUCUUUAAAAGAACUUCAUAAUACUAAUGAUUUUGAUGUAUUGACACGUUCUAAAGACUUUGAUAAACAUUCUUUUGAAUCGUACUGUUAAAACUUUGAUUACUAACACGAUCAUAUCACUUAUAAAAAAAGAGAGAGAGAGAGACAGAGAAAAAAUAAUCUAAAUCGUACACAUUUUAUUUCUCUACGAAACUUUCCUCUGGAAAAAUAGAAUCGCAUAUAAUAGGAAGAUUGAACCCUCAGUUUAUAGUGUCACUUUGUGAAUUUUUGUUAUCCCAACGUGCAGUAAUAUAGACAUUACAAAGUAUAUUAAUUGUCAAUUAGCAGUGACUAAGAUAAUCUAAUAGAUGUUUUACUUCAUGAGAUAACAUGUAAAUAUUACAAAUAACGUAGCAUAUUAGUUUUUAUUAUUAUUAUUAUUAUUAUUAUUAUUAUUAUUAUACAUCAUCAUACUGCAUACUAUAAUUCAUAGUUUGUCGUUUCGGUUCAUUUAGUAGUUUUCCAAGCUGAAAGUAUAUAGUCUGAUCGUAUCCUUAGCUUUGUACUUUAUAACUUAAAAAGAAAAAAACAGAAAAGAAGAAUUAAAUUAGUUUAUAAGUAAUGAGUGCGUUUGAUAUUAACUAAAAACAAUAUCAAUCAUUUGGUAAUUCAUCUUUCUAAUAACAAGUAAAAUUGCACAGACGUAUAUGUAUACGUAUCAAAGAUGUUUUUAAGUUAAUGGCAAUGUGAAAAUGUAGAAAAGAAGUGAAUGCAAAUAUCUGCAUUACUUGAAGCUUUAUACAAUUAAUUAUGUUAGAAUAAGAUAUAUAUCUCAGCAGAUUCAUCUGCAAUUAUGGUAUUCAAAUUUUGUGAAGAAAUUUAAUUAACAAGAAGUAAUUUUAUGAAUAAAGGUCUACGUAUAUCCAUACAUAGAAACUAUUUAUUUAAUUACUAAUCUUCUUCAUUAUGCAAGUUUCGCGAAUAUUGUGUUGAAUUAAAAGAUGCGAAAAUUUGCUAUAUUUUUAUUUACAGUGUUGGUUUGUGCUUAAUGGUCGUUGAUUAUGAACUCUUAAACAUAUAUCACGUAUAAUAUACGACCUGUUCACAAAAUUGUUGUAGUUGUAGGAAAUUAAAUAAUACACUCAUACAAGUUAUAAUUUACAUUUCUGCGACUCUUAAUAUUACUAAAAUAAUGAUUGUGUACUACAUAGUUACACACAUAUAUUUUACAUCAUUUUUCAAGGAAAAAUCUUAUACUACGAAUUUGAAUUGAAGUCAAAAUUUAUCACAAUCCAUGUAAUUAUUUGAUUAUAAAUAUUAAUUAUAAAUAUUUUUCUUAUAGAAGUAUACUGGGAAACGUUUGGAGUUUAAAUUUAUUUACUAUUAUAUCUUUAAUCAGUCACUUUGUAAACGUCAAGUGAAAAUAUUUUAACAUCAUUAUAUUUCUGAAAUAUUUCCUAAAUAUGAGUUGUGAACUUUUUAAAAGGAUAGAAACACUUUAUCUAAAAAAUGCAAAAAUGAUAACAACAGUAUUUGUAUGAUAGCAACUUAAAUACUGUCGUUAUAAAAUAUAUUUUUAAUCUAAUCCUUAUAAAAUAAAGAUAGGAUUUGUUUCAGAUAAAAUACUAAAUUUUUGGAUUAUGCAUCAUUUUGGGAGGAAAUUUAAAUUUUAAUAUUAACAUUUUAAAUAAAAUAAUAGGCAAUUAUGUAUCGCAUAAUGAGAAGUAUUUGCCUAAAGGAAAUUUCUAAAUUAUAGUGAAACUAAUAUAAAGAAAUUAUCUAUUCCGUUUUAUUAUCUAAAGAUUUAUUCUUUAUCUUCAAAUAUCACUAUAUUUCUUUCAGGAAAUCUUCAACAUAAUGGAUCUCUCACACAUUAUACAGUUCAUGUUAUUUCUAUCAAUUUUUUAAUAAUGUAAAUUUAGUAGUAGAAUUUUUUUAUUAUAGAAGUAUUUUGUAUUUUUCACAUAUAUUUGCUUUUCCUUAUUCAAAAAUAUAUUUCAAUAAAAUCUGUUUUAAACUAUGUUGUAACUUCAACAAUCUUAAUCUUACAAUCUUAUUAUAUAGUCUUUGAAAAGUUUUCAAUUAUUUUCAAGUUUAGUUACUACCAUUGGAUUCUCUUGUAUUGCAAUAACCGCUACUUUAUGAACAGUGCAUCAAAAAUAUCUAGUAUAAAUUCAUCCAUCAGAUAAAAAUCCUUGUAUUCAUUUGAAAUGAAACGAAAGUCAAUUCUUUAGUCAUUUUGCUAGAAUAUAACCAUUUCGUGAACGCUCCUGAAUUUUCAGUAUCACCUCAAUAGCAACCCUAAAAAAUUUGUGCGUGUUGCACAACAUGUGUAUACAUAAGAGGGGUCUUAAUAAAUAAGGAUCUUCUAAAUUUACCAUUAUUUGUGAAAAAAGAAUAUGGCCUGACUAUAACUAUUUUGUUUGGGAGUUAUUCUGAAAAUCUCGUAUACACAUUCUAUAACACAAAGAUACACAAUUGUUUCUUGCGAUGAAAGUUAUUCAACUUCUUUCUCGAAGAAAACCAGUAUGUGCAUAUGUAUACGCAAUUGCAAUCAAUUGCGAACAACUAAUGCGCGAUAUAAACUGACCGUUAUUAAUCAAGAAUCUCUUAAACGGAGGAGAGUCUACAAUCACAAGAUAGGCUUACAUACUUGAAACUACUAAUCAGUGAAACUACUGGUACGAGAUACUCGUAGCAGUUACUGGUUGAGGAUGUGAAUAAAUUGUAUUGAGAAAUAAAAAAGAUCUAUUCACAGAUUUGUGGUUGUUUCUACUUUGAAGAAACUCGAGUAUGCUUAACAUACAAAAAUACAUAUACAACAAAAUUCUGAGAUCAUAAGGAGCAAAACCCAGGAUGUGUUAAAUUCAAAAUUGAUGAAACUAAUCAUGUGACAAAAGUUGGAAACAUUACGGUUAUAUCAAAAAUAUAAGAGAAAUAAGGCACGAAUUGAUAAUGAACUAGCAUAAAGUUUUGAUUUAUCUGUUUUGUCAUUUGACGAGAUCAAAAAAUUAAUUUUGUACAUUAUACGAACAGCAAGUAUCAUUUUGGAAUGAGACUGGUUUUUCAUACACAAGGAUCUUAGGAGAUCUUGAGGAGAAACAGCACCGGGUGUGGCACCCUGGUGCGUUGGCAAUUAUUUGAGGAACCAUCAAUGGAGAAUGGAGGGGGGGGGGGGUCUUCCAUCCCCCAAAAAUGGACCGAAAGGCAAGGAUGUAUGGGGGAGCACCGGAGAAUCCCGGGGCUCCCCUUUCUACGCGGAGAGCGUGCCACCGUGGAGGUUUCAGUUGGUAAAUCCGACACUACCCUGCCCUUUUCCUCAAGGGGGUCGGGUGUUUUGAAGAUUUCCUCCACGUUUAUUUUGGUUAUGAAUGUUUUGGUUAUGACAAUUUAAAAGAUGGUUAUUUACUGACAUUAAACUAUAUGAUUUACUGUUAAUUAUAUGAAUAACAAAAAAUAAAUACAGUACUUUCCGCAUAAAAUUACUGCCCAAAUA